AAAAUAUCAUAGUAAGAAAAUCUCUUGCACGUUUUGAAACAGAAGAAAAUUUCAACUUCCAUGGCACUACAGAGACAUGUUCCAGUAUUAGUCCUACUGCUAUUUUUUUGGUCUAGCUCAUCGGAUGCAUAUCAAUUCGAACUUGGUGGCGUAGAUGAUUGGAUUGCUAACCCUCUUGAAUCGUUCGAUCAAUGGUCUCAACUAAUAAGAAUUCAAGUUAAUGACACUCUUUUGUUUAAGAAUAAGAAAGGAUCAGAUCUGGUGUUGGAGGUAAACGAAGAUGAUUAUGACAAGUGCAUUAUAGAACAUCCGAUCAAGAAAAUGGAAGAUGAAAACUCUGUUUUCGAAUUUCAUCGUUCAGGUAGUUUUUAUUUUGUUAGUGGUAAUAAGGAUAAGUGUAAAGAAGGACAAAAGUUUGUUAUUGUUGUUGCUGGUAUGAUGCUGCCUCCUUCAACUCCGGUACCGUCACUUGCUCCUGUUGGUUCUCACUUAUCUCCGAAGGCACAUGCACCAGAAAAGGCUCCAAUUGGGGUGUCACCUGGCCCUGUACCGGUGCAUGUUCCUCGGGGUACUAGUUCAGGCUCACCUCAAAUAAGUCAUUCACCAGGGGUGGCUCCAACGUUGGCCUCGCCUGGUUCUACUAGUUCUCACUUAUCUCCAGUUUCUAGUGCACCCGAAGAGGAUCCAAUAUUCGGGUUGUCACCUGCCCCUACAGAUUCUCACUCAUCUAGUACGGGCCAUGCACCUGGAAAGGCACCAACACCGGUGCAUGUGCCUCGAGGUACUAUUUCCGAUCCACCUCAAACAACACAUGCACCAGGGAUGGCUCCAACACUAGAGUCGUCCCAUGGGGUUCCAAGUGCUAGUACACAUCACUCUCCCAUAAAGGCUCCAACACCGUCAUCAUCCCAUGUGCCUUCCGGUUCCCAUUUAGCUCCAAUGGCUCUAUCACCAACUUUAGCUAAUGUGCCUUCGAGUAGUGGUUCACACCUAUCUCCUGAAACUCAUGCACCAGGAAACGCUCCAAGUGGUGCGUCACUUGCCCCUACUGGGUCCCACUUAUCUCCAACAACACAUGCACCCGAAAAGGCUCAAACACCUGCAUUAUCACAUAUGUCUCCAAGUCCAAGUUCACACCUAUCUCCAGCAGCUCAUGCACCAGCAAAGACUCCAACCGGGGCAUCACCUGUUCCUGCUGGUUCUCACCAAUCUCCAAUAGUUCAUGCUCCUGGUAAGGCGCCAACACCGGCAUCAUCAAAUGUGGAUCGAGGUAUUGGUUCCCACUCACCUUCCGUUAGCUAG